GCCGGCAAUCAGUGCCGUUCCCGAGUCAGAUCGUGGACGCCGACGUAACGCGGCACCGAUUUCUCCCCGUCGGCCGUCACUAGCUCGCGCGCCCGCGCAUCCGAAAUCACCUUCCGCUCCUCGUGGCGAGCCCCGUAACGCAAUCCCGGCUCGCGCCAGGUCGGCGAUGUCGCGGCCAGAGUAGGGCCCCCCGCAGAGAUGGCCGCUCGGCGGCCGGAGGCCCGCACCCAGUGACGAAUAUCCACGCGCGACGGCCGCCCGAGUCGGAGAUGAGUGCCAGCAGCGAGGCGACACCUGGGCUCGCGCACCAGGAGGCCGGGAUCGCGCGUCAACCACAGGAGGAGCCACUCGAGGCCGCGUCGCCACUGCCGCCGGGCCUCAAGCCGCCAAGGCCCGGCAAAAUCAGCUUCAGUGUCGAUGCGCUUCUCAGUGGUACGCGGAGGACGGUAGCUGAGCCUAAUGCUGAAACAAGUCCCCAAGUGCAACCGCUCGAGAUCGAACGCUUUCGGGAAAUGAGGCUCGAGCAACACCAACAACAACAGCAACAACAGCAGCAGCAGCAGCAACAGCAGCAACAGCAGCAGCAACAGCAGCAACAGCAGCAGCAGCAGCAGCAGCAGCAGCAGCAGCAGACAACCUCGUUUACUCAGCCAAUGGUACUCGCACGCGAUCUCAGUCGUGGCGCAAGGCUAAACGAACUGCGCCGCGAACUCUUGCAACAACAUCUUCGCCAGGAAGAGGAUCGACGUUCGACCUCACCGCCUGGGCAACGCGAGUUCGACGAACGCAGCGGUGACUCCGAGGUCUGCAACAGGUCGCCCGAGCCCGCGGACGAACAGCUGCUCGAAGAGGAACAGGAUGCGCGUAGCGAGGAUCUCAACGUCAUGGAUUCGGACGAUUGUAUCGAAACCGAGCAGGAAAAGGCCGAGAGAGGCAAGGAGAAAUCAAGCCCUCUGGUACCCCAACCUAUUCAUCCAGGAGUACAGAGGCCCUCGGGACCUUACAUGACUGUCACGGGCGCUGCACCUUCCGGAUGGGCCUCUCCUGGCUUUCCGCACUCGCUCGCGAGUUUUGCGUGGUUGCCGCCUCCACCGCACCCACACAAUCCCCAUGGUCACCUCUACAGCCCCCACGGCGGGCCCACCAGUCCAAACGGCAUCCUCCGUUUUACCGUAAUUGGUCGGCCAAGGAAAGUGCACGUACGAACACUCAAUGGGCCAUACUAAUGAGCAACAACGAGGAGUUGUCUCGGUCCUGAUUUCUCGAUGCUCGACUGCUUUCGGAGAAUCGAAGAUAGACCACGCAUUACCUCGUUGGAGGUGGAGACCGUACAGCUUUCACCUCGUGACCGCUGGUCUCUGCACAUGGGCAUCCACAUAUCGGCAGUAGCUUCUCGGAAGGUACCGCCGUGGUGCCGCCGCGUCUCUCCUCGCAAUCUUAUAAUUAACGUUCGCUGCAUUUCUUGAAUUAGUAGCAUAUUAGUUCUCUCAGUUCUCUCUCCCUUUCUACUUCUCUCUCUCUCUCUCUCUCUCUCUCUCUCUCUCUGGAUUUCCAUCUUAACUUCUAUAUUUAUCUUUAUCUCUAUCGCCGUUUCCAUUACCAUCUCUACCUCUAUCUUUCUCUUCGUCUGUUUUCUACACUCGCUGCGGAAAUGGACAGCUGCUUUUCCGCGCCUUUUUCUGCCCCACCCCCCGCCCCCCACCGUAUAUGCGUGAGAAGGAGCAAGAGCGCAGGAAGCCAUGUUUGUCUUCAACGCGGCAUUCACUAUGAGCAUCCAGUCAAACUCGUUCCGAGGAUGCCCUAACGAGUGGUACUUACGGCACCUGCGGACACGCCAAAAGAAGGACAUUUUUGCCGAGACUCAAGCUGCACGCGCGCCGUAAAGGAUACCGAUAGUAGCGCAUGCGCAUGUCUGACAAUAAGAGAGACUCUCUCGGUCUUUUUUCCUCACCGCGGAUCGACCACGGCGCAUUUCCAACGAAGGGACAUCCCGUCGUCGCCUUUUUCCGGCUUAGCACUUGGAGCAUCAUCAUCGUAUUUGGCUGCACAUCUCCAAGAAACUUAGUUUACAACUGCAACGACGAAUAUACGAUACGAUUUACGUACGUGGAUCGAAAGCCAUUGACCAGGAUCGACUUAAAGCGCGACGGUAUUAAAACUCAGAACAUCGAUAAGACCAAUUUGACAGCAUAAUUAAAUGAAAUGAAUUGGAAUAAUUGUGAAACUUCUUGCGUAAUUGAUCACUUAUUUAUCCAUCUAAAU